AUGGCGGCGGCGGCGGGGAUGAGGGGGGGGGGGGGGCGCCACCGCAUCGAGGAGAGCGAGGGGGGGGUGAGCGUGCUGAGGGUGACGGUGGGCGGGAGAGACCUGUCGUUCGAGACCGGCAAGGUCGGGAGGCAGGCGAGCGGCGCCGUGAUGGCGAGGGACGGCGAGACCGUCGUCUACAGCACCGCCUGCACCGACAGGAAAACCACGACGUCGAACUUCUCGCCUCUGCGCGUGGACUACAUGGAACGGUUCUCAGCGGCCGGAAUGACGUCCGGCGGAUACAACAAGCGGGACGGAAGGGCGUCGGACAAGGAGACGCUGGUGUCACGCCUGAUGGACCGCCCCCUCCGCCCGGCCAUGCACCCGGGCUGGUUCCACGAGACGCAGCUGCUGUCGUGGGUGCUAUCGUACGACACCGUGCACCCGCCGGUGCCCCUCGCCAUCACCGCGGCGUCGGCGGCGCUGGCCCUUAGCAACGUGCCCCUGGUGCGCGCGAUCGCUGGGGUAACGGUCGGCAUGGACUCGGAGGGAGAACUCGUGGUCAACCCGGAGAUAUCCGUGGCGGCAAUGUCACCCCUUAACCUCACCAUCGCCGGCACGGCGGAUGGAGUCCUAAUGAUCGAGGGGGAGAGCGACUUUGUCUGCGAGGAGGACAUGAUGCGCGCCAUUGAGGUGGGGCACGCGGCGGUCAGGGACUUAUGUCUAGGUAUCGAGGAGUGGAGCGAGGUGGCAGGCAAGGAGAAGAAGACGGACACUCUUAGGCUGCCGCCGGAGGGGUUGGACGAGAUCAUGGAGAGAGACUUCCAGGACAAGGUUGACCACGCCCUGUUCGAGUCGGGGGAAGGGAAGGACGACCAGUCGUCGGCCAUGAGGGAGCUGACCGGGCUGACUCGGGAAGCGCUGCAGGUGGCAGAGGGGGAGGAGCCCGGAAACGGGCGCUACAGCACGUACGAUGUCGAGACUGCGCUGAAGAAGCUGUACUCGAAACGGUUACGGACAAUUGUCAAGGAGACAGGGCGGCGCUGCGACGGGCGAAGAACAGACGAGGUCCGACCAAUCAGCAUCGAGACGGGCCUGCUUCCCAGGACGCACGGUUCGUGUCUCUUCACAAGAGGGGAUACUCAGGCCAUCGCAACGGUAACUCUCGGGGGCUCCGGUUCGAGCCAGAAAACCGACGGCAUCACCGGUAUGAUCUUGAAGCACUUCUACCUGCAGUACACGUUCCCGCCCAGCUGCGUGGGAGAGACGGGCCGAAUCGGUGGCCCCGGCCGCCGCGAGGUGGGUCACGGCGCUCUUGCGGAGAAGGCCCUUUCCUACACCGUCCCCCCCGUGAACGACUUCCCGUACACCGUUCGGGUGGAGAGCCUCAUCACCGAGAGCUGCGGGUCGAGCAGCAUGGCCAGCGUCUGCGGCGGCAGCCUCGCCAUGAUGGACGCGGGGAUCCCGGUCUCCUCUCCCAUCGCGGGGGUGGCCAUGGGGCUGCUGCUGGAUGAGGAAGGCGGCAGCGGCGAGGAAGCGGUGGUGCUUACCGACAUUCUCGGACUCGAGGACGCGCUUGGCACCAUGGACUUCAAGGUUGCGGGCAACGACAAGGGUAUCACCACGUUCCAGCUGGACAUCAAGUGCGCCGGCCUCACCACGGCGCUGCUCGGGCGCGCCCUGACCCAGGCCAAGGCCGGGCGUCUUCACAUCCUGGGGGAGAUGCAGAAGGCCCAGCCAGACGGCCCGAGAAAGGAGAUUUCCCCCUUCGUGCCGACCGCGACCAUCAUGAGCGUGGACCCUGACCAGAUCGGAAAGAUCAUCGGCCCGGGAGGUAAGAUUAUCCGCCAGAUCAUCGAAGACUUUUCGCUCGACGGCAUGGAUGUCGAGGAGGACGGCCGAGUCAUGAUCUCCGCCUUCAACAGCACCAGCGCUGCAAGCGCCGUCAAAUACAUCGAAGAAAUGCUCAAGGACGUAACGUUACGUGGGGGGGGUAGGGGAGGCGGCGGCGGCGGCGGCGGUCGGUCUUCGCGCGGGGUACCUGCCGACUUCAACGCGACCGCGAUCAUCGGCACCACCUACAGGGAUUGCGAGGUGGUAUCCAUCCAGCCGUUCGGCGCGUUCGUGGAGUUCGCGCCCGGGCUGGAGGGCCUCGUGCACGUGAGCGAGCUGGACGUGAACCGCGUGGUGACGGCGGAGGGGUUCUUGGCGGACAAGCCGGCGAUCGACGUGAAGGUGAUCGGGCUCAACGACAAGGGCAAGGUGCGCCUUAGCCGCAAGGCCGUCCUGAUGGACGAGCGGGGAGGGAAGGCGGGAGGGGCCGCCGUUCCGAGCCCCCCGCGAAAGCGGCCGAACGGGGCCCUGGCUAGCGGGGGGGCGCUCGGAGUGGUGAAGCGCGCCGCUCCUGCGGCGGCGACACCAAAGACGGUGGGGGCGGCGAAGGAGGGGGUUGCGCUUUCGGCGGCAGUAGAAGGACCAGCCGGAGGCGGCGGGGAGGGAGAAGCGCCGAAGAAGGGCGGAUAA